CUUAUUCUUGAAAUUUUUGAAAAUGACAAGCAUUAAUCUAACUGAACCAGCGCCUGACAUUAUUCCCGAUAUCCUGUGUGAUGCUGCGUCCAAAAAGAGGUACCAGAGAGGAAGAUUUCUGGGCAAGGGUGGCUUCGCCAAAUGCUAUGAGCUGACAGAUCUAGACAAUGGACAAGUGUUUGCUGGAAAAAUUGUUUCCAAACAACUACUUGUUAAACCCCACCAAAAAGAUAAAAUGGCUCAGGAAAUAUCUAUUCAUCGUAGUCUCAAACAUGACCAUAUUGUUGGAUUCCACAGUUUCUUUGAAGACAGCAACUUUGUGUACAUAGUGUUGGAAUUAUGCAAAAGAAGGAGUUUGAUGGAGUUGCACAAGAGACGAAAAGCUGUUACUGAACCAGAAGCCAGAUACUUCAUGCACCAACUUCUUUUGGGUGUCAAGUACCUGCAUGAAAACAAAAUGAUUCAUAGAGAUCUCAAGCUUGGGAAUCUGUUCCUAAAUGACAACAUGGAACUUAAAAUUGGUGAUUUUGGUUUGGCAACCAAAUUAGAUUUUAAUGGAGAAAGGAAAAAAACAUUGUGUGGUACCCCCAACUAUAUUGCACCUGAGGUGUUGAACAAGAAAGGCCAUAGUUUUGAAGUUGACAUUUGGUCAAUGGGUUGCAUCUUGUAUACACUUCUGGUUGGCCGACCACCUUUUGAAACACAAUCACUCAAAGAUACCUAUAGCAAAAUUAAACGGAAUGAGUAUCAUAUUCCGUCUCGCAUUGGACCUCUUGCGCGAGCUCUUAUAACUCGCAUGUUACAGGGUGAUCCAAAUUGCAGACCUUCAGUCGAUGUCGUUUUGAAUGACGAAUUUAUGACUUGCGGGUACAUCCCAACACGCUUGCCUUUAUCAUGCCUCACGAUGGCCCCUAGAUUUGAUGCCAAACUGAACAGUAGUAUUAUUGCCGUUCGUCGUCCUUUGGGUGAAGUUAACAGAGUUCAACUACCUGGAACUGCCGAACAUCCACAAGAAGGAAUGCCUCCUACCAACGAUCUCAACAAUGCCGAAGAUGCCGCAGCUCUCUACACUGCCGGUCCUGCCCCUGAAAAGCUGCUUCGUGAUCUCCAACAACAACUUACCCGCCUUUUCGCUGCCAAACCCUCAGAAAAAUUCCCCCUCAUGAUGGAUGAAGCAGAAGAUCCAGGAUCGGUUCCUAUGGUCUGGAUUUCCAAAUGGGUAGACUAUUCUGACAAAUACGGAUUCGGCUACCAGUUGAGCGAUGACACAAUUGGUGUAAUUUUCAACGAUCUGACGAAACUUUUACUGUUGGUUGACGCAAAGACCAUUCAGUACGUCGAGCGCAAUGGAAACGAAUUGUAUUACACAAUGGAUCAACAUCCUCCUACCUUGAGUAAAAAGGUGAAAUUGCUUGCAUACUUUCGGUCGUACAUGCAAGAGCAUUUGAUUAAGACUGGCGCGUCAGUUGUGCCACGUGACGGUGAUGAGCAUCUUCGCUUACCUUUCCUGCGCCAAUGGUUCCGAACUUCGCGAGCUGUUGUCAUGCAUCUAACGAGUGGAACACUGCAGAUCAAUUAUUUUAAAGACCAUGUUAAAUUGAUCCUGUGUCCACUUAUGGGUGCUGUAACUGUCAUCGAUGAGCGGAAAAAUUUCCGCACUUUCAGAUUUUCUUUGCUAGCUGAACAUGGCUGCAACAGUGAUCUCUUACAUAGAUUGCAAUAUGCAAACGAAAAAUUACCUUUUUUGCUUUCGCCAUCAGACCCAUCCGAGAAGUAGAAAUUCAAACCUGGCUUUAAACAUAGAUUAUUUUUAAUCGUUGCGGCCUAAGAUCUAUCCUUCACAUUCGUCUCUUAAUUUUAUAUUGCUCAGAGAUGGCCUUAUUGACUUAAUUUAGCCGCCAAUUAAGUUAGUUGCCUUCUUCAAAUUUUAUCAUAAGUGUGAAAUUUCAAAAUCCCAUUCUAGAUUUAAUUCACAAGCCCAUUUUUAUUACGUCGCCUUUUUCCAAUUUUGAUUUAAACUGUAGUGCUUCCACUUCAUCUCAUUUUUGAAAUUGGAUUUAAUAUCCGUAUGUCUUGUCACCACCAGCAAACUGUUUUGUUCACAUAUUGAAACGACGACGGUCGGUUUACAAUAAUUCAUUCAUAAGUGCAUGUCUACCUCGGAUGAAUACGAUGUAAGAAUUCGCAAAGCCCUUUUCUUGCCUUAAACUUAAGAUUUUUUUUCUUCACGUGUAUCUUCCUACCCAUGACUAACAAGCAAUCCCCAUUGUACGUCUUAACUUUGCAAAGGAUUACACCACUCUUUAAAUAUCAA